AAAAAACAAAUAAUAUUAAAUCAAAAAAUAACAAAAAAAACAAAAAUUAAAAGGAAAACAAUAAUGAGAUACGCUGCUCUCUUCCUUCUUGCCUUAAUCAGCUUCAACGCUGUUUAUGCCGUCUCUCUCAGAAAGAGCUCUGACGCCAUGAAGACUUCUUUCGCUCUUGAAAGAUUGAGAUUCAUCGGAAAGAAAUCUCCUAUUGCUAAACAAAUUAUCUCUGCUGUUGAAUUACACUUAACCACUGGUGGUUUGGUUGAUGAUGUCAUUGAUUUAGUCAAGUAAGCCUAAGAAGAUGUUGCCAACAGAAACGUUGCUCUCCAAGCUGAAUACACUGCCAAGAGAGGUGCUUUGGAAGAUUAAAUUAACACCACCACCUAAUAACUCAAUGAAGAAAACGACAGAUUAGCUGUUGUUAACGACGCCAUUGAUGCCCUCAACGGUUAAAUCGACAGUUUGAACACUCAAAUUGCUAACCUCGUCUAAUAACUCUAAAACCUCUAAGCCAGAGAAGAUGCUAUCAACUAAGCCAGAGAAGUUGAUGUCAAGACCUACGAAGUUAGAAAGUAAAGAGAUGAAAACUCCCUCGCUGUCUUGGAAUAAAUCAUCCAAAGAUUACUUGCCUUAUAACAAAGAGGUAACGCUUUCCUCCAAGUCUCCAAGAAGGAAAUCGAAAGAAUCUUGAAGAGAAUCCCCAAGUCCAACCCCAUCCAAGCUUUGGUUCAACUCUCCACCAAGUUCGACGAAUAAAGAUUAGCUGAAGUCAUUAGCAAGCUCUAAACCAUCUAAGCUGCCAUCCAAGCUUCUUACAUUGAAGAUGCUAACGGUGAAGUUGCUGACAAGUAAAGAUACGAUGCUCUCAUUUAAGAAAUCGCCACCAUCAGAGCCCAAACUCAAUAAUAAUUAGCUGAUGCCUAAUAAGCUUUGAGUGAUGCUGAAGCUUCCUUAGCCUAAUUCGUCCAAGAAUAAGGUAACUUACAACAACAAAUCGCUGUCAACGAAGGUAUCCUUGCUGAUGCCCAAGCUGCCUUAGCUCACACCAUCGCUACCUACGAAGCUAGAAUCCAAGAAGGUCAAGAAGCUCUCGCCGCUAUCAACCUUGCUCUCGAUGUUUUACAACAAAACUAAUCAGACUUAUAAGGAGUUGAAGAUUUCUCUAAUGCCUACAAUGCCUACCAAGCUGGUAACAGUACUGAUGCUGGUGAUGAUGCUGGUGAUGAUUCUGGUGUUGAAGGUGAAGCUUUCUGA